AAUGAUAUUUUAACUAUUCAAUAAAUUAUUCAGAUGUGUUUUAGACAGAUUUAACGUCAGUAAAGCUACUGCGAAAUGCAGAAAGUUGUUAAUGCUUUAUAUAUUCCUACAAAAGUAGGAAUGUUUAUUCGCUGGUCAACAAGACAAGAAGCAGAACAAAAUAUUAAAAAAAUAGAACAGCUAUAUGAUUUUCCAGGUGUUAUUGGUACAGUAGACGGAACUCAUAUAAAAAUUAGUGCACCAAAAGAUAAUAAUGAAUCAUAUAUAAAUAGGAAAGGAUUCCAUUCCAUUCAGUUACAAGUCAUUUGUGAUGCAUAAUUACAUUUUAUUCAUUGUUACGCAGGACAGGUUGAUUCUAUUCGUGAUAUCCGUGUUUUCAGAUUGUCAAAUGUUGAAAGUUUAUGCACAAAUCAAAAUUUUCCACAUGAUAGUCACAUACUAAGUAAUGCGACAUAUUAUCUCACAAAACAUGUGAUGAUACCAUUUAAAGACAAUGGUCAUUUAUCCGAAAAGCAAUGUUGCACCCCGGAUGGGCUACAACGUUAA